CCCAAGAGAAAGUACUCGAACCCAUAGUCAUGGGAUCUGAAGGGGCAGAAGUUGAAUCAAGUUCCACACCAAAGCUGCAACUAUUCUUGCCUCCAAGUCCAAAAGCACAAGAACCAGAGGAACCAUGGAUAGUGGCCUCCCCACUCCACACUGCAGCUUCAGUUCCAUUUCGGUGGGAAGAGGAGCCUGGCAAGCCCAAACCCUGCACCGCUCUCAUCAUCUCCACUCAAAAGUCCCUAGAGUUGCCACCAAGGCUGUUAAUGGAUGCUGAAACUGCCAGAUUGUCCUCACCCACCACAGUGUUGGAAGGCCCUUACAUGGGUAGGUCAUCAAGGUUUCAGUCAUCUUCGUUUUCAUUGAAAAGGGACUCAUUCCGUAAGACCUGGAGUCCUCAGAUAGGAAAGUAUAGUCCUCUGGUUCUUGGCAAUGUGGGGAUUAAAGGGAAAGGGACUUUUGGUUCUUGGCGAUGGGGGAAGGGAGCUUUUAAGGGAAAAUGUGAGGUGGGUGUGGGUAAUCAUGUCUUUCCAUCUUCUGUGGAUGGAGAGAAUGAUAUCAAUUUAGAAGAUGAUGAGAGUUGCAAGAACAAUAGUGUGAAGAUGACAAAGAUGAAAAGAUCAGGAAGCUAUUCCAUUUCAACUCCUUCCAGGCCUCACUUCUGGGCGACCAUUUACGAAGGACUGAAGCAGGCAGUAGUUCCAUGGAAGACUAAGAAACUGAAGAAGGAUGGCAUGCUGUAUUGACUUCAGAAAUAGGGACUUUAUUAGAUCCUCAUAUCUAGCUUUCAAUUGCUGGGGCCAACGACUUCUCCUGUGUGUUGACUGCGUAGUCCUCUCCGUAGCCUUUAGUAGCUAAAACUGAGAUGAAACUUUGGAUGCUCCUGCAAUGUCUUUUUGUAAAAACUGUCCCACUGCCACUCCCUUGACCUGGAAUGUAAGUUUACAGGACAAUCACGUUCUCAGCUAUGUUUGAUGAUGACUGGAUGUGGCAGCUACCAUGUGCAUUGUCAUUGUCAUCUAAGAUUGCAGUUGAUAGAAACCAAAUGUUUUGUUUUC